CUUUCAGCAACAGAGUUUAGGCUGUGUCUUUGCUUCAUCAUCUGAGGAAAAAUCCCCAGAUAAGUCACGAGGCUUUCUGAGAAAAAAAGCCAAAACAUUACAGGCUGCUCAUCAUUUCGUGUGAGAAUUAGUUACCAUGAUGCGAUGGGAAAGAUAUGGCUGUUUGUUUAUAUCAGAUGUUCCUGUUCACGUUGGGAAUGUGUCGAAUAGACAGGGCUAAACAAGGUCAGUGACUUAAAAAGUGCCUUUGCCAAGUCACUUUUACGAGCGAGGACUGCUACGCCCGUGUUCUCAAAAUCCCAUCUUUGCCAGCCAGACAUUGCCUUCACCUUACACCUGGCAGAAGAUACCUCAGCUGUCUCCAUUUGCCAAUUAGUUGAUGGGAAACUGAAAGCAGAAAAAGGAUUAUUAUUAUUAUUAUUCCUGGGACAUGAACAAAUGACUGCAUUGCUUUUCUUGUAUAAUCAAUACCGGCAAGCAACCAUCAGAGGACUGCUAUUCUAUCAACGAGUGCCAUUGCAUUGAUGGACCUUGGGUUAAAACCUGUGCAUCCGUGAUUACAAUCAACAAACCCACGUGUUUUACAGACAGAAAUGCGUCUGAGCAUGUGUUUUCCCAGCCAAAAGUCUACAAGCGGGACUUAAUGAUUGAUGAGUGACUGCUUGCUGAUAAACUUUCUCUGCUUGUUCUGCUUUGUGUGUGUUAGACAUCGUUAAUCGUCCCCCACUGUUUGUUUUUUUUUAACUUUCUUUUCAAUUAGAUUUGAAGUUAUUUUUUUCUGAUUUUUUUUGCCUCCUCUCCCUUUCCUUUGUCAUUAGUUUGGGCAAUUUCUUCAGCAUAAUUCACCUGACAGCAACUUACAAGUUCAAAAUCAGCUUCUCAUCAUGGCUUUGAAUGUUGCUCCCGUAAGAGAUACAAAAUGGCUGACAUUAGAAGUGUGCAGGCAGUUUCAGAGGGGAACUUGUUCACGCUCUGAUGAAGAAUGCAAAUUUGCACACCCCCCUAAAAGUUGCCAGGUUGAAAAUGGAAGAGUUAUUGCCUGCUUUGAUUCCUUAAAGGGUCGCUGUACAAGGGAGAACUGCAAGUACCUUCAUCCACCAACACAUUUGAAAACUCAACUGGAAAUCAACGGCAGGAACAACUUAAUCCAACAAAAAACUGCAGCAGCAAUGCUCGCCCAGCAAAUGCAGUUCAUGUUUCCAGGGACACCAAUACAGCCAGUGCCCACAUUUCCAGUGGGUCCCACAAUAGGAACGAACACGGCUAUUAGCUUUGCUCCUUACCUAACGCCAGUAACACCAGGAGUUGGCUUAGUCCCGACUGAGAUCCUACCCACGCCGCCAGUCAUUGUUCCUGGAAGCCCACCGGUUUCAGUCCCCAGUUCAACUGCUACCCAGAAACUCCUCAGGACUGAUAAACUGGAGGUGUGCAGGGAGUUCCAGCGGGGGAACUGUGCGCGUGGAGAGACUGAUUGCCGCUUUGCGCAUCCGGCAGACAGCACAAUGAUUGACACAAACGACAACACCGUAACCGUGUGUAUGGAUUACAUAAAAGGUCGUUGCAUGAGGGAGAAAUGCAAGUAUUUUCACCCUCCUGCACAUUUGCAGGCCAAAAUCAAAGCGGCACAACACCAAGCCAACCAGGCUGCAGUGGCAGCCCAGGCAGCUGCGGCAGCUGCGACUGUGAUGACUCAGUCGACUGCCAAAGCAAUGAAGCGACCUCUCGAAGCAACUGUAGACCUGGCCUUUCCUCCUGGUGUUCUUCACCCUUUACCAAAGAGACAAGCACUUGAAAAAAGCAAUGGUGCCAGUGCCGUUUUCAAUCCCAGUGUCUUGCACUAUCAACAGGCUCUUGCCAAUGCUCAGUUGCAGCAACAUGCAGCAUUUAUCCCAACAGGGUCAGUUUUGUGCAUGACACCCGCUACCAGUAUUGAUAAUCCUGAAAUAGCCGGCAGGAGCGGAACGGAAUGUCACGAAGCCUCCCUGCGGACGGCCAAGCACGGCUACUGUACAUACUACCCCGUCUCCUCCUCUCUAGAGUUGCCACAAACUGCAUGCUAAGUCAAGAAUUUGUUCUUAUGGACAAAUCAAAAACUCAAAAAAGCUAGUGCUGCUAUGUCAUAUAAUGAAUAUUAAAUAUGGUAUGCUUACUAUACUCCAACCUAAAAUAGUUAACUACCUGAUACCAGCUGUGAUGUUUCAAGACAUAAAGGGUAACAUUUAGUUUUAAAGAUUUUCUAAGCAUAGUUUAAUUAUUGCAAAUAUUGUCGUUUCUCCAUAACUACACCUAACAGAAAUGGUCCAGAUCAGUUAGUCUCGUGAGAUUCAAUGUUUAUGAAUCUUUCGAGCUCAGCAAUAAUUGAGUUGCAUUGGCUAAAACCUUUCCCCAGUUGCAGGUUUAAUUUUCACCCAAACUAUGAUUCGGGGUUUUCUUCUCAGUUAAAAAACAAUCUUGGUUUUGCUCCCUUGGUGAGUUGAUUCCAAGACAGAGGAAGUGAAACGCAGCCCGGUGUCCUGCACAUCAUCCUGCCAAUCUGAUAUUUUUAGCCAGAAGUCCAAAGUAAAGCACAAAGUCUUUAGAUGCACAUGGUUGGUGUUUGACUUGUAUGGAGAAGUUGCAUUUGAAUCAUAGCAGAAUAGCAGAAGAAAAUUUUAAAAAUUUUGCACAGUAUGAACUUCAUACCCCUUUCAAUCCCCAAAAGAACAAAGUCUUGAGAAUAUUAUUUUACAAGUAUAUUUAUAAUGUUUUUAAAAUAGACUUUGCAGAAGUGCCUAAAUUUUGUCACAUCAGACUUGAUGAAAGUGAGCCUGAUGCCAACAGUCAAAUCUCACCGGACGCAAAUAAUCUUUGAAACUCAUAGUCAGGUUACCAAAAAGAUCCAAGCUGUUAAGAAGUAACUUCUAGAAGUGUAAAAUCAAACAAAACAAAACAAGAUCAAACUAACAAAAGGAAAGGCGAAAAAGAAGGCUGUAGAUGAAGAGAUUGUAUGAUAUUCUAAUUUAAUUAAAAUUCAGUUGAGUCACUGAAACUUCAUAGGUGACUUUAAUCUAGGCUAUUAACUGAACACUAAGAAUGUAGAAUGAGAUUCAGUUUAAUAAAUCAUUACUGUAUUUGCAUUUUUUAAAUUGGAUUAUAAGAUUGUAACCAGAUUAGAGUGGAGAAAAAAUAGUUCUUUUAAUUGUUUUUCUUUAAAAACAUAUUUUAUGUCACAAAAGUAUGAAGAUAUCUUUAAUACAAUUAUAUACAUGUUAUAUAUACAUACAUACAUAUAUAUGGAUGAAGCAGAUUUUAAUGUUGUUUACUUUUUUAAAUACUUUGUUGAUUUACAAGGUAAUUAUAUAUGUAAAAUUAAAAUUUCAUUUGUUUGAUUUGAGAUUUGUUUCAAGCACUAUUGUACCAAAUAUUUCAUAUUUCACAUUUUAUAUGUUGCACAUGUAUCACAUAAAUGACAUAGUUUUUAAAUUAUUGUUUAAAAAAACAAGACAGCUGUUAUAAGUGGAUAUUAUGUAUAAUUGUUUGCAGCAUAAGUUUUCUAUGUGGACAUUACUAGUGAUUGCAGUAUUUUAACUUAACCUCUUCAGAUUGAUUGUAAACUAUUUUAAACUUUGGCAGCACUGCCUGUUCUGAACGACUGAAGGCACUAACCAUAUUAUUAUUUGUCUAGGAAAUUAUUUUCCAGGCUAAAUCUUGUUUGUCUGAUGUCUAAUUACUAUCUAUUUAUAUAUAAAGCUGGAGAUUUGAUCAUCCGAAAGAAAAAAAAAUAAUCACAAUUCGGUUGUAAAAUUAACAUAGUGCUUGUAACGUUGCAUUAGUUUAAUUUGUGGAAAAAUAAUGUAUCUUAACUUGUUACUUUAGCAGUUAAGGUAUCACCAUUAUAUACUAUUAAAACACUAAUAUUUGUAGACUUUCUCAGUCAUUAUAACUAGGUAGUUGACACUGCAACUUGCCUAUAUCUGUCAAAGUUGUUUUUAUUUUUUUAUAAUAGUUAAUUUAGGCAUUUGGGUAGCUUAUUGUAUAAUACUAAAUGGUAAAUUAUCCAUGUUUAAAUAUUUUAUGUAGAUAACUCUUCAAGACAUCGUUUUGUGUGAACUUCUUAUGUUUCAAAAUUACCGUUAUUCUAUGUUUUUUACAAUUAAUCCAAUAUUACUAUUUUUUGCCCAUGGAUGACGAAGCUUCAGAUACAUCAGGUCUUUCAUCCAGAUAAACUGACAGACAAAAAGAGAAAAUGUAUUUUUAAUAAGAGAUCCACUUUCCGACUUUAUGACUUUGUAAUAUUCCUGAAAACUGUACAAGUACAAACCUAUGCUAACAGUAAGGAGGCAAUUACAGAGAUGUGCAAAUACGUGUACAACAGAUUCUGCAUUUUAUUUAUUUAUAAAGUAAUUUUAUAGACUAUUUCAAAAUUUGGGAAGAUCUAAAACUAUUUUUCUGUAUAAAUAUUAUUUGCCAAAACUUUGUUUAUAUUUAAAAAAAAAAAAAAGUCUAAUGAAAAUGAUUAAAUUUUAAAUGCUUUGUUUAAUUAAAAAAAAAUACAACAAGAAAUAUAACCCCCUAAAAGAACCAUGAGAUGGGCCAACACGGAGACAGUGAAUACUGUAGCUGGGACAUGGUUUCAAGCGACUUGAGAUGUCUCAGUGCUUAUUUUCUUCAAAGGAUACAGCACCUCACCAAAAUACCUUUUUGUUUGCCUCUCUCAUCCAGCAUAAUUGACGACACGUACAAUGAAUAUUUCAGUAACAGUUAAAAGAAAUCCCUCCAUUCACUCUUUUCCAGCAUAUAUAAUUACUAGUGGUCUGUUAAAUAGCCAUUCUAUUUCUGUUGUGACGUUUAAUUCAUUCACCCAAUGUACAACCACUGAAAUAAAAAGAAGCAUUUUAAAAUGA